AUGCGAUUCACCGGAACCUUCGUAGUUGUAGUGGCUCUGUUCAUUACCGUGCUGAUUGCUUCGAACAUCAUCGCGGUGAAGCCCAUAACCAUCUUGCCUAUUGCGUGGUUCGGAAACCCUGAGAUGGUGCUGCCGGCUUCAAUUAUCAUCUUCCCCAUCAGUUACAUCGUGGGCGACGUGCUGACCGAGGUCUAUGGUUUUCGAAUAGCACGCGGGGUGAUCUGGCUGGGGUUUGGCGCGAAUCUGCUGGUGGUCGUCGCCUGUGGCUGA